AUGAAGUAUGCAAUUGCUACUGCUCUCCGAGAUAAACAACGAGUGAUCUACACAACACCGAUCAAAGCAUUGAGCAAUCAGAAGUAUCGUGAAUUCUUCGAGGCAUUUCCCGAGAGAACAUCCAUCACGUGGAAACAGGGCGCUUCUAUGAUGCGUGAAGUUGGCUGGGUCGUGUUUGAUGAAAUUCACUAUAUGCGCGAUCCGGAACGUGGUGUAGUGUGGGAGGAAACACUGGUUCUUUUACCAGAUAGUGUGCGCUAUGUGUUUCUCAGUGCGACCAUACCCAACGCGAGACAAUUUGCGGAAUGGAUUGCUCAUUUACAUCACCAACCGUGCCAUGUGGUCGCUUCCGAUUGUCGUCCCGUGCCACUUCGUCAUUAUCUGUAUCCCGUGGGCAGUGAGGGCCUAUUCCUUGUGUUGGAUGAGGGCAAAUAUUUAGAGGAUAAUUUCACGCGUGCAAUGCGCUCGUACACGUCCGACGAGACAGAGAAGCGGCGGAUGCAGACAAACAAACGCUCGGAGAACAAUGUGGUCCAGAUUGUGCGCCUACUGAAACAUCGUAGCCUCGAACCGAUUAUUGUGUUCAGUUUCAGUAAGAAAGAAUGCGAAAUCUACGCCCUGCAAAUAGCAAAAUUCGACUUUACCACUGAGGCAGAGAAGAAAGUUGUGGAUGAGGUGUUUCGCAACGCGAUUGAUGGCUUGUCUCCCGAAGAUCGUGCCUUACCUCAAGUGGAAAGUGUAUUGCCUCUGCUCCGGCGAGGUGUGGGCAUACAUCACGGUGGUCUGUUGCCUCUCCUAAAAGAGACAGUGGAAAUUUUGUUCGGUGAAAAUCUAAUCAAAUGUCUGUUCGCGACGGAAACUUUUGCCAUGGGACUGAAUAUGCCUGCUCGGACUGUUCUGUUUACUUCUGCUCGUAAAUUCGACGGUCAAACCUAUCGAUGGAUCACUUCAGGGGAAUAUAUUCAAAUGUCCGGUCGAGCUGGGCGACGAGGUAAGGACGACAGUGGGACGGUAAUACUGAUGGUCGAUGAAACAAUGAACGGGGACGCGGCGAAGCAGAUCAUGAUGGGCCCUCCACCACCACUGAACUCGGCAUUCCAUAUCACAAACAAUAUGCUACUCAAUUUGCUCCGUGUGGAAGAAAUAAAUCCGGAAUACAUGAUGGAGCGCAGCUUUUGUCAGUUUCAGAACUAUGCCAGUCUCCCCAGCAUGUACCAGGAACUGAACGAACUACGCUCAGCCCAUGCGGCGGUACAAGUUGAAGACGAGGAAUCGGUCGAGUCAUAUCAUCAAAUUCGGCUGUGUUUGGACGAUUUAGUGGCUCAGCAAUGGCAGUACAUACGACGACCGCAAUAUAUUGUGCCUUUCCUCCAACCGGGUCGUUUAAUCAAGGUCAGCACCGAGACGCACAAUUACGGUUGGGGUGCGGUGAUCAAUUUGAAGAAGCGCAUGCGUACGGAUCGUAGUUCAGCACCGGAAUCGUUCUAUCUGAUCGACUGUUUGUUAAACAGUGUUCCGACCAAGUCAGAAUCCACGGACGAGACGUCCGAUGCNGCCGAGCUGAAAACCGGACUGGCUGAGGUGAUCCCUAUCCGACUGGAUUGUGUGAUCGGUAUCAGCGCGGUUCGGCUGGUCGUGCCAAAGGAUUUGCGAGCCCGAGAGGCAAGAGCUGGUGUGUUGAACGCGAUUGAGAAAGUGAAAGCACGUAUGGGCGGAUUGCUUCCACCGCUCGAUCCGGUGGAUGAUAUGCAUAUCACAGAUGCGAAGUUCAUCGAAAUAAAUGGAAAGGUAAAAGCUUUUGAGGAACGAUUGGAUCAUCACUGGCUCCACGACGAUCCACGGCUGAGUGAUUUGCUCGCACAAUAUGCGAAAAAGGAACAGUUGCGCAAGCGUAUCGAUCAGCUGACAGAAAAUUUGGGCAGCAAAGUUUCACUCAUUCAAAUGGAGGAGUUGACCGCCCGUAAACGAGUGCUUCGGCGUUUGAAUUUCGUGUCCGAACACGAUGUGAUCGAGCUGAAAGGUUGUGUGGCGUGCGAGAUCACGUCGGCAGAUGAACUACUUCUAACCGAGCUCUUGUUCGAUGGCGUGUUCAACCGACUACCACCGGAGCAUACUGCUGCCCUUUUGUCAUGUUUCGUGUUUGAAGAACGUGCCUCGGAUAUGCCCAAAUUGACCAAAGAGCUUUCGGAUGCAUUGCGUACGCUUCAGGAUACGGCCCGUAGAAUCGCUCGGAUUAGCAAUGAAUGCCGAUUGAAAGUGGAUGAAGAUUCGUAUGUGGAUUCGUUCAAACCACACAUGAUGGACGUGGUCUACUCGUGGACCCGAGGCGCUUCGUUCGCUCAAAUUUGUUCCAUGACUGAUCUGUUCGAAGGUACAAUCAUCCGCACGCUACGCAUGCUGGAGGAGCUUCUCCGGCAAAUGGCCAACGCGGCUAGGACAAUCGGGAAUGCCACACUGGAAGCAAAAUUCAACGAAGCCAUCGAGAAGCUAAAACGGGACAUUGUGUUUGCAGCCAGUUUGUACCUGUAA